UCUUUUUUUUUUUUACGGAAACGGAAGAGGUGGUACACAUGUAAAGUGAAAUCUCGAAGCUAGCUGCCCGAGUUAUUAAUUUUUUCAGUAAACAAUUAUGGCGGCCGCGGAUCCCUGGUCCUCGAGUCAUGGCAGGCCCGCAAGCAGAGGAGAGUUCCCGGGUGGUGAGAGCAGCAACGAGCGCGAUGGCCCGGGAGGAAGCGGCGGAGAGGGAGAAUCCGAGCCAGAUCGGUCAACAUUCGAAUGCAACAUUUGUUUGGACACAGCAAGGGACGCUGUCAUCAGUUUGUGCGGGCACUUGUUCUGCUGGCCCUGCCUUCAUCAAUGGUUGGAGACACGGCCCAGCCAACAGCAGUGUCCUGUGUGUAAAGCAGGCAUCGGCAGAGAGAAAGUCAUCCCCCUCUACGGCAGAGGGAGCUCCAGCCAAGAGGACCCCAGGUUGAAAACCCCGCCUCGGCCUCAGGGACAGAGAACGGAGCCAGAGAGCAGAGGGCCCUUCCAGGGGUUUGGGGACACUGGCUUCCACAUGUCCUUUGGGAUCGGUGCAUUCCCAUUCGGCUUCUUCACCACAGUCUUCAACACCAAUGACCCCUUCCACAGAGCAGACGCAUAUGCAGCCGAUCACCAAGGCAACCCUGACAACGGCAACAACUGGCAGGACUCUCUCUUCCUGUUCGUGGCCAUCUUCUUGUUCUUCUGGCUGCUGACUGUGUGAGGGAGAAGAUGGAUAAAGGUGGAAAAGGAGAGGUGUAGGGAUGGGGGAGUGUGUGUGUGUCUAUGCUUAUACACACACAUCAAAGCAACAACAAAGACUAUAGAUGGGUGGUGGUAGGAUGACUGUCAGUUUACUCUUAGCAAGUGAUAUCUAAUGCAGCAAACAAACGAGUCAAAUAUAUGUAUAUCCCCCCCCCCCCCCCAAAUGAUUUAUGAGAUUCAUUUGGUUAGGGAGAGUACACUGAGACACCACUCUGAGGUGGAUGAUACCCAAACGUGAGUGUGAGUGAAGCGAAGUCAAUCUAUCGACCUUUCUCUGCAUUUGUACAUAAAUACACCACACACACACAGUGGAUACCCGGGUUGAGGCAUGGGGGCUGACUUUUUAGGGAUGGGACUGGUGUAUAGACUGGAAUCAGUGUUGAGAGAAAUGGUUGGAUUGAGUUAAUUGUAAAUUAGGGGAGUAUGACAAUAAUCACUAAGUAACUUUACUGUACCACACUACCUAUGUGGUUAACAUAGAGAUACAGUUGAAGUCGGAAGUUAAAAUACACCUUAGCCAAAUAAAUGUAAACUCAGUUUCACAAUUCCUGAGAUUUAAUCCUAGUAAAAAUUCUCUGUCUUAGGUCAGUUAGGAUCACCACUUUUAUUUUAAGAAUGUGAAAUGUUA